AUGGCGUCGACGGCGAGGAUAACGAGGGCCGCGCUGCUCGUCGCCGCCGUCGCGUUGAUGCAGUGCUGCAACGCGGUCCUCGCGGCGAGGUUGCUGGAAGGGGACGGCGUUGACGUGUGGCUGCGGCAGGGCGCCGGGUCGCUGAUCAUGCAGGCCCUGCCCAGGGGCGGCUCGCCGCCGGGCGCAGGCAACUCGUGCUGGAACGAUCCCAAACACCCCCCGUCGUCGGGGAGCUGGCUCGCCCGCCGUAUAGCUCCUCCCGACGUUGACAAGCUUGUUUAG